GACUAUAAAAGCUGAGGUGGUUCGGUGCAGACUUCACUUUCUUCUCCAUCCCUGAAGAGUUUGGUGCAGCCAUGUUUUCUGUGCGGCUCAUCCUGCUGGCCGUUCUGGCCGUCGGACUCAUCGCUGCAGAGUCCUCCUCUUCUGAAGAGGAGGAAGAAGAAGAAGAAGAAGAAGAAGAAGGAGGAGGCGGAGAAGAAGGAGGAGAAGAAGAAGAAGAAGAAGAAGAAGGGGAAGGAGGAGAAGAAGGAGGAGAAGGAGAGGAAGUUACUACUGCAGUGACACAUUCUUCACAAAACGUAACCAAUCACUUGGCAUCGACCAACUCAAACCUCACCCACGUGUGACGCCCGGGAGCAGCUGCUCCGCUCAUUUUAUUACGACUCUUCCUUCCUUUGCAGGCGAUGCAUUAAACAUUCGCCUCCGUGUAGAAAUAGAACUGUAAGAAAUUAAAAACAUAGAGAAACUC